AUAUAUAUAAUCUCUAUGGGAAAAAUCCUUUAUUGUAGCCAUCUGUUAAGGUAAAGAACUCAGCGUUGAAGACAGCGAUGUCUUCACCGUUUAUAUUGGCAGUGAUUCUUCAUUUUUUCUAUCAAGUGACAUGGGCCACAGUGUUUCCUGACGUUAGCCACCGUCCACCAAUUCCAGGUCAAGCUGUCAGGACAUUUGAUAUCUCGGGACAAAGAUAUUAUGUCCAGGAUGAUUUACAACAAAAUCCCCCUCAAACUAUGAUUAAAGAGGAAGGAUUUUUACAACCCGAUCCGAAACCAGAUAACCAGCGGUGGUUCAUUCGGGAAAAUCAGUCUGAUGAAACGGUUGACUAUCCCAGUUCAACAGAGGCAUUUGAUAGGUAUUAUUCAAAUGGAUUACCUGCUGUUGGACCUGUAGCUACUCCUUUACCGGAUGAAGCAUUUAUGAUCCCAACAUCUAGUAGAAACCAAAUGCCUGAUGCACCAUCAUCUACAGGAAAUAGUGACAUAUGGGUUCUGACCAAAGGAUCUGAUAAUCAAUAUCUACCUCAAAGGCUGGUGCAAGUACCACUACCAACUGAAAGAGUGGUUGAAGUGAUUAACCAAGAAACGAGCCCUAAAUUUGUAUCAGAAUCAGUAAAAUCAAUUCCUUUUAUUCCUUCAUCUCUGUCUUCUCAGAAAAAUCAGUUUCCCCCUCCACCACCUGCUAAUGUUGUUCAAGAAAUUUGGAUUCAAUCCCCAAAUAAAAUUCAAAUUCAGAAUCAGAAAACGGCAGCAGUAAUAGAUGAGCUACCUUCCAUCAAACAAACCAUAGAUACUCAACAACCUGUUAAACAAACUUUAAGUGUUCCACAAACUGUUAAACAAAUAGUAGACAUUCCUCAACCUAUUAAGCAAACUGUAGAUGUUCCACAGACGUUUAAGCAAAUUGUGCAGCCUCAAAUAACCAAAGAUAUGUAUCAGUCUCCGCCACCACCUCCACUUCCUGUAUUAUCCAAAACAGCUGCACCUCUUCCACUUCCUUCAUCCUUUAAAACUUCAGACAUCACAAGCCCAAAGCAAAUAAUAGCUCCUGCAACAGCAGGUGAUGUUAUUCCUGAUGAUGCCAAGUACAUACUUGGAAAGAAUGCAGUUGUAUCUCAAGUAAAACACAUAUGGAUACCAACAUCUCCGCAAACUGGAAAGUUUAUAACAGUUCCUGUCUCAGGGAGUCCAGCUCUCGAGAACUCAGGAUCAAUGAAAGGUAUACCGGUUGACAUUGCCUCGCCUGUUGAUGUGUCUGAGACAUGGAUCUUGAAGCAAGAUGGUCUUAUUCCAAGAUUUGAGCCUCAAACGUCAGCCUUGCCAGCUGCUGUUGCUCCAAGUGGAAAAGUUUUAAUUGAUCAAACUCCAACAGUCGUUCAAACUGAUUCACUAAAGAAUGUACAGCUAGUUGGAAAAAGCAUAACUGAUAGUAUUCCAGUUAAUAUGUGGCCAGUAUCAAAAGGCAUUUCUGAUCAAACGAUUAUCGGUAAAUCUGAGACUCCGUUACCGCCACCUCCAGGUAUUUCACAAAAAUCGGAUACGAUAAUAGUUGAUAAAGGUCUUCCUGUACCUCCCAUCUUUCCUCCGAAAACCUACAUUAAUAACGAAAAUCUUUUACCAACUCCUAACCUACCACCUCUUCCUCCACUUCCACUUAUUAGAAAAGUGAUGAACGAUAAACCAUGUCCUCUUAAUCCCCAAAUUUCGUCUUUCCCAUUAAAAGGAAUAGCUGCUCCUGUAGUUUCAAAGACAUUACCCGUUGUAAAAUCACAACCAAUUAUGCGCAUAAUUAGAAUAAACAAUUAUCCUUAUGGAUCAUAUGUUUUAAAUUCCCAAAUUAAGCCGAACGCAUACGGAUACUCUAGACCUGCCACGAUAUUGCUUCGGCAAACGAAUAACGGUUUUAUUCGUUUAAUACCUGCAAAUCCUUCUUCUACUCCAGUUGCGAUUAGAAGGCGAAUUAUCCCAAUACAGGGUUCAAAAUCGCCAGCUUCAAUAAUCUAUCCACCAGCGCAAGUCGUCAGCAGAUUAAGAUAUAACUAUCCUAUAAGUGGAUAUGUAAGAUCUUUCCCAGUCCCAGGUAAGAAUGUUUUCCCGCCGCCUCAGGCAAUUUUCCCGAAAGCAGGAUCAAUUCUAUCAGCUUCGUCAGGAUCGAGGUCCUCUUCUGAGAGCUCAUCCUCGGAAUCUUCAGAAGCGAAAGAAGCCAAAAGAACUAAAUCAAAAGGUGCCAAAUCAGCAGAAGCAGAAGGAAAAAAGGUUGAGGAAGCAGAGUCUAUAGAGACUGAAGAACCUGCAGCUGGCAGUAGCAGUUCCGAAACAAAACCACAAAAGGAUAGUUCAUCUGUCGAGAAAGAAUCAGAAAGAGAGACAGAGGAAGAAGUACCAGCUGAAACACAAUCAGCAGAAAGUAUAGAAGUUGCUGAAAGUCAAUUUAUUUCGUAUUACGAAAAGCAUCCAGAAGGUGAAAUUACAGACGAAAGUAAAUUAAAAUUAUUGCCUCAGAAAUAUACUUUAGAUUAUGAUCAGCGCGAUAGCGUGCUUUUCAAAAUCGUAAAGAAGACUCUGAUGGUAAUGAUAAAAUUAUUUCCAACUAUAGUUAUGGAGACAUUAAUCGUUUCUUUCGAAAGAUAGAAUAUGAUGUAAGUGAUCAAUAUAAACCGGAAACUGAAAAUAAUGAACCUGAUAUAGUGAGUCACAAGACUGUUAGCAUAGCAAAUACUGUGAUAGAUAACUCAAGUGCAGAAACAAACGCUAGCACAACACCUCCUUUCAAAGAGAAUUUAACAGAGGAUGCACAGCGUGACUAAUUAUACGGCAUGUAAUUUGGAAGUUAUAAAAUAAAUCUUUUCUGAGAAAAAGUCAAAAAUUCAAUUGAAUGCAGAUUUGCAAAGGGAUUUCAUCCUUAUAUUUAUACCAACUUCAAAGCAAAUUUUUCUUUCUUACAGUUUAUUUGAAUAACAUAGUUUGCUAUUAAACGUUUCGACAAAUUUACAUAUUUUUGCUCAGACAUGCAAUCUUUUUUAUUCAAACAUUAUUUUUAAUGAACAUGAAUUACUGUAAAACUUACAUAUUUUUAUUAAGCUCUUUUUACACUGCCAAAAUAUUUUACUAGAGUUUUAAAAUGUCCAUAAACGCUUUAUUUUGCAUACGUUUGUGAGAAAACAAAUCGAAAAUGCAAAUGUAUUUUGGAGAAAUCUAUGCAGUUAUGUGUUUUUAUACAUGCUUAUUACAAAUGAAUUGUUUAUAUUUUUAUGUAUGAAGAAAAUAAAGAAUUGUUACUUAU